GCCGUUUCCAUACAGAUAAUCUCCAACUGCGAUAGUGCGCGUUUCGAUUAUGCAAUGAAUCGAAUACUUUUUACGUUUGUUGUUGUUGGUAUUGUAAUAGUUUUUUGUGAUUACACCGUUUCAAAACAGUACACGCGAUGUGGGCUCGUUAACGAAUUAAAUAGGAAAAAAUUUAAUAGAUCUUUUAUUGGUAAUUGGGUUUGUAUGAUAGAAAGCGAAAGCGCUAAAGAUACAUCAAAAGUGACGAAAAAAGCAAACGGAAGCACCAAUUACGGCAUUUUCCAGAUAAACGACCGGGAAUGGUGUAAACAAGGUAAAGCCGGGGGAAAAUGUAACAUAAAAUGCGAAGAUUUAUUAGAUGAUGAUAUAAACGAUGACGCAAACUGUGCGAAAAAAAUUCAAGAGGAAAUUGGUUUUAAAAAUUGGGAUGGUUGGGUGAGGAGUUGUUAUCAAAAAAAUAUAAGUUACGUAACAAAUUGUUUCAAAUAAGAUCAAAGGGGAAAAGUUAUUUCCGGUUGGUGAAUUUUAUUUUAUAUACGUGAUUUUAUACCGUAAGAGAAAUAAAUUUAAUAAAAAAUUUCUUUCCAUCGUACGAAAUCGUUUUCCUUUUUAUCAAAGGUUAUUCAAACAGUAAAAAAAUUCAAUAUUUAUAAAAAUUUAAUCUUAUAAAUAAUGAUACAGGUGCUAUUUAGUAUUGGGCGAACAUUUUUCAACCUAUAAAUUCUUUAAAAAGAAAACCGUGGGUUUAUUGCUCGAUACUCGAUAAUAAAUAUUUUUUAUUUUCGAUUCUUGAAUAAUAAAUUCACCCAUAAUUAUAGCGAAAAUAUGUACACCUACGAUUUUGAUUUACUAAUAAAUUACCUGCCUACGUUUA